UUGUGUUUCCUUAUUCAUCUAAACACAUUCGAAAGACAUGAAUCUAUCCAUUAAUGGACAAUCUCAGGUGCCUCCUGGUUUUAUAUUUCAUCCGACAGAAGAAGAACUCCUUUACUAUUACCUCAGAAAGAAAGUUGCUUCCCGGAAGAUUGAUCUUGAUGUUAUACGUGAAGUUGAUCUUAACAAGCUUGAGCCCUGGGAUCUACAAGAAAAGUGUAAAAUAGGUUCCACCCCGCAGAAUGAUUGGUAUUUCUUUAGUCACAAGGACAAGAAAUACCCGACGGGGACCAGGACGAACCGCGCGACGGCUGCCGGAUUCUGGAAAGCGACAGGGCGAGAUAAGAUUAUCUAUAACGGUGUUAGAAGAAUCGGGUCGAGGAAGACGUUGGUGUUUUAUAAAGGAAGAGCUCCCCAUGGUAAAAAAUCUGAUUGGAUUAUGCACGAGUAUAGACUCGAAGACACCAUUAACCAUGACUCUUAUGUGUCCAAUCCCAUUGGAGAUUGUGUGUGUGAAGAUGGCUGGGUGGUUUGCCGUGUAUUUAGAAAGAAGAAUCAUCCGAGAAGCACCCUCGAGAGCCCGAAAACUCCGCCGAUGGUUUGCUCCGGUAACGACGAGGCCGUGGAUCGAAUUCUUCGACAUAUGGGAAACACUUGCAAGAUGGAGAAUCCAAGCUUUACCGAUGCAAAUAAGCAUGCAGUGUUUACGCAUAUUCCCGGACUUGAAAGUCCACUUCUCGAUCAAGAAACGAUAAUCGAGCCCUGUUACCGAUCCAUCGACGACAUGCCGAUCAACGACGGUGCUAGUGAUCGUCAUAAUGACUGGGCCACCCUGGACCGAUAUGGGGCAUCGCAGUUAAAUGGCCAAGUAGAGACGAGCAAGGAAGUAUCCUGUUUUAGUGACCCUAACGCGGUGUUCAGUCUUUGUCACCAUGAUGGCAUUCAAUUAUCGGACGUAAGUUGGCAAAUAUCAAACCAAAACUCACAGCUCUAUGCCUACGAGAAUGAGCUAUGGAGCUUGACGAUAUAAUCUUUACCGUCUACAAUUUAGAUCAAUCGAUUAAUAAAUUAGAUAUCGAUACAAUUCAAAGACAUGCAUCGAGAUAUCUAUAAAUGCGAAUGUGCUUGCAUA